AGGGAUGACCAGAGACUGCGGACAGUACAGGGAUGACCAGAGACUGCGGACACAGUACAGGGAUGACCAGAGACUGCGGACACAGUACAGGGAUGACCAGAGACUGCGGACACAGUACAGGGAUGACCAGAGACUGCGGACACAGUACAGGGAUGACCAGAGACUGCGGACACGGUACAGGAGAUGACCAGAGACUGCGGACACGUACAGGAGAUGACCAGAGACUGCGGACACGGUACAGGAGAUGACCAGAGACUGCAGACACAGUACAGGAGAUGACCAGAGACUGCGGACACGGUACAGGAGAUGACCAGAGACUGCGGACACAGUACAGGGGAUGACCAGAGACUGCGGACACAGUACAGGGAUGACCAGAGACUGCGGACACAGUACAGGAGAUGACCAGAGACUGCGGACACAGUACAGGAGAUGACCAGAGACUGCAGACACAGUACAGG